AUGUCUCCCUCGGCAUUUCUGUUCCCUGAGCCUCUUCGCCACCCUAAAGCCUGCGAGGCCCCUAUCUUCACACACGUCUACCCUCUUUGGUCCCAAUUCUUUUCCUCUAAGCGAACCGGGAAUUCCGUUUCAAAACUGAUGGGACUCCCAUCAAUGCCGACGAGCGAGGACAGCCAGCACACGAGUGUGAGUCUAAAUCCAAAACAUCCACAUCAGGAGGAAUCACCUAGAGUGCCGGAGGAGCUUAUAGCCCAUGGGAAGGACGUCGAGCUAGUAAGUAUUCCUUUACGGUCCAAUAGACUGAUUACUGCUCCGCAAUCAAUAGUAUGUCUUCUUAAACCCGUCAACCCCAGCGCGUACGAACAGAUUCCAGUAAGCUUGCUAUCCUCCUCAAAUCUCCCCUGGACCCGGCCUAAAACCGAACUGUCACGAUUGCCCACAUAUAUUUUCCACAACGCAUAUUUUCCACAACGCAUAUUUUCCACAACGCAGCAUCCACAUCCGUUGCCCCAGGACACUCUACACAAUGAGCAGUGCAAAGCAAUACUGCCCCUAGCCCUUCCGGACGACUUCCCACGCCGCAAACACUGUUACAUCAUGUCCACGAGGCAAAACUCACAAGCUGUUCAAAUCCUAGCAAAGCGAUUUCGAAAGAUUGCUACGACGGGAAUUGCAGUGCGGCAGCCGUCUCGGCCAGCCCAUAAGUCUCUCUUAUCCCCAGGACACUCAAACAAGACGGAUGUCGUAAACAACGUGCAUCAGCCUAUGAAUGCAGAAGCAAUGCACAAGCACCUCACCGCUCCUCUCUUCAAUAAAAUCCUCGAGAAGCAACAGCAGAGUAGUAGCAACUCCACUACCGCAUACACCACCAGCAUGUAUACCCCUUCCUAUUACACCGUGCUUGGCCUGGCGCCAAAUGCACCCGCUGGCGUGAUUCGUGCUGCAUACAAGGCUUUGGUACUUAUCUACCACCCAGACAAGACCGUCCACUUUGCUACUGAUGAGCGAGUGAAGUAUGCCUCUAUGUUUCAGAAGGUGCAGCAAGCGUACGACGUUCUCAGCAAUCCUGUGACCAAGGCAGAAUAUGAUAAUGGCCUAGACUUAGAACACAGAUCUUCGGAGAUCUCUUCAAGCCAAUCUUCGAAGGGAAACAAUAUUCGUUCAGCCCCCGCACGAUGCCUACCGAUCCUCACCACCACUGCAAAGAGGGCAGCAAUUAGGGCUAAGCUCAGCAGCGACCGGAUCAAACGAGACAAAGGAGAGGCACAUUUACCGCUCGAUGGAUUACAAUAUACAUUACAAAUAUGGAGAGGAUUGGCGGAGGAGCGUAGGAGCGUGCCGACAGAGCAUACUCAUUGCAUGAUCAAAAUCUAUGAGUACGAGGAGAAGGUCAAGGCGAGGGAGGCGGAGGUGGGCUAUUGGUUGGAUAAUAUAGGUAAGACAAAGAUUCAUCAAGGAAGCUACAGCAGGGAUAGAAAGGAGAAGGUGAAGGCUGGUAGAGCUAUGGGUGCACCCAAGUCUACGCCUUCCACGCGAUCGAGUACUCCCAAACGAGGCCUAGCUACUUCAAAGUCUCGACUUUUCCCAAGGAACGAGGCCUCCACACGUGCGAAAGAGAAAGUGCGACAGGAUGCGGCAAAACUAGCCCAGCUUGACGUGAAAGCGACGACAGUUAACACCGAGAAGGAAAAGCAAAAACAAAAUGCUGACCAAGCAGCCACGCAGCAUGCUGACCGCAUUGCUAAGGCUCGUGUUAAUCCAGCGCUCAACGUUUCUUCUAUUCCAGAGGACCAGGGUGAGGAGGAAGUGAAACAGCAAGUUGCUAGCUGGAAGAGGGAAUGCAGCAAGUGCGGUGGUUCCCACCGCUUUCUUGCCGAGUGGAAGAAGUGUAGCAUCCAGGCUUUACAAGAGCAAGUUGAACAAGAUGAUCAAAAUACUAGUGUUUACGCUUACGAAAUAUUCUGUGCCAAAGCAAAGACCUCGGGAAGCAGAAAAGAUUUCAAGUCUAUGAGACGAUUAACGAAGUUCGCCUAUCCUAGGUUACCUCGGUACCUGGGGCCAAUAGGUGGAUCACGUACACGUACCGGAAUGACUAACUAA